AUGGCAGCUAUCUGCCUAAAUGUUGAUUUGAGCAUUCGUUCUUGCCUCAAGGAUCACACUACUGCAAAAGAAAUGUGCGAUUACUUGAAAGGUCGCUAUCAACAAAGCAGCUCAGCUCUUCGCUAUUCAAUUCGCCAGAAUCUUCACUAUCUUCAGCAGCAGCAAGAUAUGUCAGUUGAGGAGUACUACAUUUCCUUCACUAAGCUAUCAAGUCAGCUUGCCUCCAUGGUGCCCAAGCCCUCUUCCUUAUGCAAGGAUUGUAUCACCUCUUGGACUUCCAAAGACAAGUAUGAUCAAGAAAACACUAUGUUUGACUUUGUGAUGGGUCUACUGUCUGAGUUUGAACCCAUUUGUGUUCAACUUCUUGGGAGACCUACUCUUCCAACACUGGCCGAGACAUUGUCUGCUCUCAUUGCCGAGGAGACACGUCUUAGGACUAUUGCUGCAAACUUACCUGUGUCUCAACAUUCAGUGUUAGCUAUUGCUCCCUUGUCUAUUCAAGCUGCAGCCUCAGCCCCAGCUACCUCUCAUGGGAUUCCCUGCAGUCAUUGUGGCCAGACAAAUCAUCCUGAUGCGCGAUGCUUCAAGAAGUACCCACACCUCCUAGCUGAAGUGAAAGCAAAGCGUGCUGCCUCAAGGCGUGGGACAGCUGCAACAUUUUCUGAUAGGACUCAAGCAGCACCCCCACCUCAACAGCAAUCCAGUAGCCUCUCUGCUCCAGUUAGUGCAUACAUGUCAGCUAGCUCCUUGUCUUCUGCAUCACACUCAGGAUCGUCGUACCCAAGCUCUUCUCGGUACUGGCCAUUGCCAUAG